UCCCCGCCUCAGGCCGAACUACUGCAGCCGGAGCGGCCAUGGGUGGGAUCGGCUCCGAGCCCCGGGCCCGCGGCGCCCGCCUCUCGUUUUAAGGAUUGAAGAAAUAGUCAAACAGUGAGCAGCAGUCAACCUCUCAGGGCAGUCUCCAUACCCUUUGUUGUUAUGGCAGGGGGAAGGCGGGGCCCUAACCGGACAUCCUACUGCCGAAAUCCUCUUUGUGAAACGGGAGCUACUGGGGGUUCUGGACAUUCCAUGAGUUCAUCGGUCACUGGUGUGCGCUCACGUACCAGGAGCGGUUCAGGUACGGGCCUCUCCAGCCCUCCUCUGGCAACCCAGACAGUGGUUCCGCUCCGGCACUGUAAGAUCCCAGAGCUGCCUGUGGAGAGGAGUGUCUUGUUUGAACUUCAGCUCUUCUUCUGUCAUCUCAUUGCUCUCUUUGUCCACUACAUCAAUAUCUACAAAACUGUGUGGUGGUACCCUCCCUCCCACCCUCCAUCACACACAUCACUGAACUUUCAUCUCAUUGACUUCAACGUGCUGACGGUGACGACAAUCGUCUUAGCGCGCAGGCUGAUCGGUGCCAUUGUGAAGGAGGCUUCACAAAGUGGCAAAGUCUCCCUGCCCCGCUCCAUUUUCCUUGUGAUUACUCGGUUUGCGGUCCUCACUGGGACAGGCUGGAGCCUGUGCCGGUCAAUAAUUCACCUCUUCAGAACCUACUCGUUCCUCAAUCUCUUGUUCCUGUGUUACCCGUUCGGCAUGUACAUUCCUUUUCUCCAGCUGAACUGUGACUUCCGGAAGACAGCCCUCUUCUCCCAAGUGGCUAACAUUGGCCCCCGAGAAACCGGGGAAGUGAACUCCAGGGGUAAAGACUAUCUAACAGUUUUAAAGGAGACCUGGAAGCAGCACACCAGGCAAAUGUAUGGCGUAGAGGCCAUGCCCACCCAUGCGUGCUGCCUCUCUCCAGACCUGAUCCGCAAUGAGGUGGAGUAUUUGAAGAUGGACUUUAACUGGAGGAUGAAAGAGGUGCUGGUGAGCUCCAUGCUCAGUGCCUAUUAUGUAGCCUUUGUGCCUGUCUGGUUUGUCAAGAACACUCAGUAUUAUGACAAACGGUGGUCAUGUGAGCUGUUCCUGCUGGUGUCCAUCAGUACGUCUGUGAUUCUGAUGCAGCAUCUCCUGCCUGCCUGCUACUGCGACCUUCUCCACAAAGCUGCUGCACACCUGGGCUGCUGGCAGAAGGUCGAUCCUGCCCUAUGCUCCAAUGUGCUACAGCAUCAGUGGACAGAAGAAUGCAUGUGGCCACAGGGGGUGCUGGUGAAACACAGCAAGAAGGUGUACAAAGCCGUGGGCCAUUACAAUGUGGCUGUGCCAUCUGAUGUCUCACACUUCCGCUUUCAUUUCUUUUUCAGCAAACCGCUGAGGAUCUUGAACAUUUUAAUUCUGCUGGAAGGAGCUAUCAUCUUCUACCAGCUCUACUCACUCAUCUCGUCAGAGAAGUGGCACCAGACCAUCUCACUGGCUCUCAUCCUCUUCAGCAAUUAUUACGCCUUCUUCAAGCUGCUGCGUGACCGGCUGGUCCUGGGAAAAGCUUACGCAUACUCUGCCAGCAGAGACUCAGAGCAGAAGUUCCAUUAAAUCGCACUGCUGCUCAGCUUGUAUUACGGACAAAACCUUAAAAAAAAAAACAAAAAAAAAAAAACACCCACACAAACAACCUCAGAGCUUUGUAUUUUUGUUACCACUGCUUUUUUCUUUGAUAACUGAUGUAAUUAAAAGGAAAAAACAUAUUUUUGUACUCCCAA